AUGAGUGAAUGCUGUCUGAAAGGCUUCCGUUGGGAAGCCCAGCCCAAGGGUUACGAGAGCAAACUGGCGGACAACAACUGUUAUGUCACCCAGUCCACGUCCGAGAUAGCUAUCAUUUUGAUUCAUGAUCUAUACGGAUGGAAAUUCCGCAAUACACGGCUUCUGGCCGACCACUACGCGGAAGAGAUCAACGCAACGGUAUACGUGCCUGACUUUUUCGGCGGCGAAGAGCUCCCUCUAGAUAUCCUCGAAGAUCAGAGUCAAUGGCACAAACUCGAUCUCCCUGAAUUCAUGGGCCGCAAUUCCAAGAAGAUCCGAGAGCCCGAGAUUGUCAAGUGCGCGCAGUCACUCCGGUCCAGAUAUCGACGCACCGGAGCAGUCGGAUUCUGCUUUGGAGGCUGGGCAGUAUUUCGUUUAGGAGCCAAGGAUAGAGAUCUCGUGGACUGCAUAUCUGUGGCUCACCCGACCUUGCUGGAAAAGUCAGAGAUUGACACAGUCGGCGUCCCGGUGCAGAUCUUGGCCCCUGAGAUUGAUCCCAUGUUUACGCCGGAGUUGAAGGCAUAUAGUAAUCUUGUCCUCCCAAAGUUGGGGGUUGCUUAUGACUAUCAAUUUUUCCCGGGACUGGAGCAUGCGUUUGCUAUUCGGGGUGAUCCUGGGAAUGCUGCAGAAAGAAAGGGGAUGGAGAGGGCGAAGAAUGCAGCGGUUUUCUGGAUGAGACAAUGGCUUUUGGAUGAAUGA